AGCCCACACUGCACCGUGGACCUCACAUGUACCUGCCUUCUAUCUCCGAGGUCCGGACUCAGUCUUUCCGUGUUGGUGGUGUAUGUUGGCGUCGCUGAACGAGGAAGGUGCCAAACGCCUUUCUUCUCUCGACUCAAAACCACCUCCCGCCUCCUCGAAUUCUUUUCUUCUUCACCUCUUCAGCAUUCUUCUUCUAUACAUACGCAUACCUCUCUUCCAGUCUUUACCAGUAUAUACACACCAUCAUUAUUGAUCCCACCAUACACAAUGAUUCUCUCAACUCUUGGAACGGGUCUCUUCAUCGGUGCCGGUCAGGCCUUGGCCGUCGGUGGUCCAGCAGCACUCGUUGGCUCAUAUGUCUUCCUUUCCAUUCUGAUGUAUUGCCUGACGACCGCCGUCGCUGAAGUGGCAGCCCAUCAGCCUCGUCCCUUUGGUACCCUGAUUACCCAUGGGUAUCAGUACAGCUCAGGUCAUCUCGGAUUCUCCCUGGCUUACUUACGAUGGUAUACUCUGGCAAUGAUGGUACCUUUCGAAGUUACCACCGCGAUGGUCAGUCUCGGUCAGUGGGAUCCGGCGCCCUCCGCUGCUAUACGGAUCACAGCAGUCACCCUUGCGAUCUUCCUCUUCAACAUGCUUCCAGAACGGGAAUUUAUGCGAAGCGAGAUCAUAUUCACCGGCUUGAAGCUCUUCACCACUGUCGGAUUCAUGAUUGUCUCCAUCUACAUGGCCAUUCGAGGUAUUCCUGGCACAUCAAUCCGAGGAUUUCAUUAUUGGCAUGAGCCUGGCCCGUUUAGCGAGUACCUGGUUCCCGGAAACGGGGGUCGCGCUCUGGGCUUCCUCCAGUGUCUUCUCUACACGGUGAUUGCCUUCUCCUUCGUUCCGGAGUUGAUCGUGCAGAAGGUCGAGCGUCGUGAAGUGGAGAACCCUUCAAGCAUCCUGCGGUCGACACGGCUUUCAAGCCUUCUGCUCUUCACGCUCUACACUGUCAGUGCCUUCAUGAUGACCUUCAUGAGUCCCUUCGACGAGCCUCUGUUGACGAACGAUGGCCUCGGGGCCGGAGCUUCACCCUUCGUCGUUGGUAUCGAUCAGACUGGCAUUCGCGCGCUAUCUAUACUUGCUCGGGCGAUGAUUUGCAUCUCUUCUGUUGCUUCUGGACGCUCUUUUCUCCAUCAUUCAUCUCGCACACUCUGUGCCUUGGCGGAGACUGGCCAUGCCCCCACCCUGUUCACGGCCCGCAACCGACUGAGCGUGCCGUAUGUGGCCGUUGUUGCUUCCGCCUUGUUCUCGGUAUUUGGGUAUCUGUCGGUGUCGGUGUCCAGCUCCUCUGUGCACAACUCAUUGCUGUACUUCAUCACUACGUCUGGCUCCAUCUCAUGGCUCGGUGCCUGUCUCGUCUACAUCCGAUUCCGCCGACAGACAGCCGACGAAGGCUUUCUGCAGGUGUACCAGUCCAGCAUCCAACCUUAUGGGGUGUACCUGGGUAUUGCGGGUUGCGCCGUGCUACCUAUUGCCAACAGCCUCCUCAUGGCCUUCCCCUCGCCACCCGCGGACGAAGCCCCUGCUCUGUCGGGACUGAAGAUCCGCAAUGCGGUCCCCGUAUACACCAGCAUUGCCAUGUUCUGGAUGCUUUACUUGAGCCAUCGAUUCCGGACUUCCUUGACGCAGGGGUUCACCUCUUUUCGCACACUUCCCGACGAGCAGACGCAGAACAAAGCCCGCGCCGGUUCUGCUCGAUCAUCUGGACAGCGCGUGUGGUGGGAGAUGGCACGGUCAAGAAAGGAUGCUCCUCCUCACCAGGCCGAGGCCGGAUCUACAAUGGGUCCAUGAGAGUAUCAAUGACGCUGAUCGAAGGACAUUACUGCAGUGGUGAACUUGGCAUUCCGCCUCAUACCUUGUAUUAUCUUUAUCCUACUGUGUAUGGCAUUGGGAUUCAUUCUUUCAUUUUGUAUUCUUAGAAGGGCAAUG